AUGUGGAACCUCCUCGCCUCUAUCGCUGUACUGCUAGCCCAUUAUGUUUCCGCCCACGGAGGUGCACUGAACUAUACUGUUGGCGAGACAUGGUACCCAGGCUACGACCCCUACGGCGAUGAAGCCAUGCAAGACGCUGCCUCGUGGAUGCCACAACGAAAAUGGAUAUCCAACAACCCCAUCUUCGAAACCACCAACUCAUCCUUGUCCUGCAACACACCCGGCACUCCCGCCCGCGCUUACAUACCCAUCCUUGCAGGCGAGAAUAUAACCGCCGUGUACGCGUACUGGGUGCACACCGUCGGUCCUAUGAUAGCAUGGAUGGCAUACUGCGACAACGCCGACAACGACUGCACGACCUUCUCCAGCGAAACGGCAGACUGGUUCAAGAUCGGGGAGAAGGGAUUAUUGGAAGGAAGCAUCGAGACUGGAGAGUGGUUCCAGAAAGCGUUCAAACCGCAGUUUUACCCUGAAUGCGCGCAUUUAGAAGUCAGCAACGAUGACAAAGGUGUGAUUCCUAGCAAGGAAUAUAUGGUUAAGAUUCCAGGAGUGUGGAGUAUGGAUCGUACGUAUACGGACGACUGGAAGGAGAGCCUGCAGCUGAUCACUAGGAGAACCUGA